UGUGGUGACGUAUUUCCGGGUCGCCAUUGUUAGAUUUUGUUGUCAUCGCUUGGUGUUUCUGAAUUUAAUUUGAAUAAUAAAAAGGAUCUAUCACAUAAAUAACUGUUUUGAGUACCUUCUUUCUUUUGUGUGAUAAGUAUUUCAUAUUAAUUAUGACUGAUUCAGAAGAGUUCAAUCAGCAAAAGUCUGGGAAGACCAGUAAACAGCACAAUGUUUUACCAAUAUGGGGUAAUGAACAGACUAUGAAUCUGAACCCUUUAAUAUUAGCCAAUAUUCAAGGUUCGAGCUACUUCAAAGUGCACCUAUUCAAGCUGAAGACGUAUCAUGAAGUGGUUGACGAGAUCUACUAUCAGGUUAAGCACUUGGAGCCCUGGGAGCGCGGCAGUCGCAAGACGGCGGGCCAGACGGGCAUGUGUGGCGGCGUUCGAGGUGUGGGUGCCGGCGGCAUAGUGUCAACUGCAUUCUGCUUGUUAUAUAAACUGUAUACAUUGCGGCUCACUCGGAAGCAAGUCAAUGGCCUGCUGCAGCACACAGACUCUCCAUACAUAAGGGCACUGGGUUUCAUGUAUAUACGCUACACACAACCACCAGCCGACCUGUUCGACUGGUACGCAGACUACCUGGACGAUGAGGAGGAAGUAGACCCUCGCGCCGGUGGCGGGGGCUCCACAACCAUCGGGGCGCUGGUGCGACAGAUGUUGAUCAAGCUGGACUGGUUCAGUACACUAUUCCCUAGGAUCCCGGUGCCUAUUCAAAAGCAGAUUGAACAGAAGUUAGCAGAACACAACAGGCAGUCUGCAGCAUCGAAGCCAGCGGCAACCAACUACCAGGCCGGGAGAGGGGGCGCCAGUCAGAACUACAACCCUGGCAGGAUGGACGCCGACGGCAGAAGGGAGCAUGAUGACCGGGACCGAAGGGACUAUGGUGAUGACAGAGGCGACAGGGGAGACAGAUAUUCAAAAGACAAAUCGAAGCGGGACGAUCGCGACAGAGAUGUCCGGGAAAGAGAUCGCGACCGGGACAGGGACCGGGACCGAGACCGCGAGCGGGACAGGCGGGACCGCGACAGGCAGCGGGACCGCAGGGAGCGCCACCGCGACCGCUCGAGGUCCAAGGACCGCCGCCGCUCGCGCUCCAGGGACAGACGUUAUAGAUGAUCAGCUUUUGUAAUUAAACACAAUUAUAAUGAUUGAUGUUA